AAAGUUGUACUUGACUUUAAUGACCCUGUGUGACGGUGUUUUGAUGGACCAAGGAGCAACUUGGAAAUAAUCUCUCGUCUUUAUUCUGUUUUGAUCCUUGGUGAUAUCUGACUUUGUGUGGGGAAAUUCUAAUAGGUUCCUUUUUGUGCUAUCGCCGAAUUCAGUCUGUCAAGUUAAGAGCGUGGUGACGGAACAUCUUUUUAGGCAGCUGUGGAGUUCCUCCACGCCGGCAGGGGGCGUUGAAUACAGAGAGACGAAAGCCGUGGUGACAUCCGAGGGGUUGAUUUCACGCAACAUUCUCGUCUACUUUCGCCUUGUCCACGGUUGUAGUUUGUACUUUGAUACUUUGAUGUGCCGGCGGCUCGGAGAGCGGAAGCCGGAUAGGACAGCCCGGAGGCCGGAGAGCCGGGAGGCCAGCAGGCGGGCAGGGAGGCUGAGGCAUGCAAGCGCAGGCAGCCGGUGGGUUUCCCCGCAUCGGGGUGAUGGCACUCGAAUGCGGAGGUCCGAGGUCCCGGAGGUCCGAGGUCCCACUGGUCCUCGGGAUGGCCGACGCUGUCAUUGGGCUUACCGCACUGGAGCCUCCAAGCGAGCGGCCGUCAACGGGUGUCUUCGUCGCGCAAGCCCUGUCGGUCGGCGCUCGCCAUGGGGCCCAAAAGUUGCCUUUUUGUUGAAAUGAAAAGGAAACAAGUUCCAAAGUGCUGCGAGGGCCCUCGAGCGGGUAUGGAGUCGGUAGCGCGCGCUGCCUUUCUCCGCCUCGUCUUCAUGUUUGGCCGCGGAGGUCCUCCCCCUGCGGCGCUGGGCGGAGUUUCAUCCCGGACCAGACGCUCCUUUUGUCGGAUCGCUUUCGACCUGACUCCCCGGGGCUUCGGGCACAAAGAAAGGCCACUUUGGAUGCGAACGCGGCCACUGAAUCACCACGCAGUGUCGACGAGCGUGCAGAGUGGCCACCGGAACCGUGAGUGGAGGAGGUGGAGUCAUCUGUACCAGACGCUGUGCGAUGAACGGCAGUGGCGGCGUCUCUGCGCCUCCGAGUGGCAGACUGAAGAUCAUCACAGACGAGUGGCGUCAGGAGGAUUGUCUGACCCUGCUGGAGAGAAUUCGCAGCCUCCUUCCCGACAGCGACGCCAUGAAGUACAAAACCACAGAGUCACACUUCGACUGGGACAAAGUCGGCUUUGGAAGCUUCACAGGAGAAAUGUGUCGGCAGAAGUGGAGCAAAGUGUCCACUGAGGUGCGCAAGUAUAGAACCAUGACAGAGCUCAUCAUGGAUGCCAUUGAGUUUGUGAAAAAUCCUUACAAAGGCAAGAAGCUCAAGACUCAUCCAGAUUUCCCCAAGAAGCCCUUGACGCCGUACUUCCGCUUUUUCAUGGAGAAACGAGCCAAGUAUGCCAAAAUCCACCCGGAGAUGAGCAACUUGGACCUGACCAAGAUUCUGUCCAAGAAGUACAAGGAGCUGCCCGACAAGAAGAAGCAAAAAUACGUGGCAGAGUUCCAGAACGAGAAAGAAGCGUUUGAGAAGAACAUGGCUCGAUUCAAACAUGAUCAUCCCGAGCUGAUGGAGGAGAGGAAAAAGUCCGACCUACCGGAGAAACCCAAAACUCCUCAGCAGCUUUGGUACAACCAUGAGAAGAAGACCUACAUGAAGAUGCACCCCGAGGUCAGUCCAAAGGAGCUGAAGGAGGUGUUGAGGAGACAAUGGUCGCAGCUGUCAGACAAGCGAAGACUCAAGUGGAUCAGCAAAGCUUUGGAGCUCCAGAAGGAAUAUGAGGACAGCAUGCGAGCAUAUCACGAAGCUCACCCAGACGUCAGCUCAGACGAUCACGUCCGCUCCGUCCUCACCAAAGCAGAAAGACAACUCAAGGACAAAUUUGAUGGACGGCCAACUAAACCCCCUCCUAACGGCUACUCGCUAUACUGCGCCGAGCUGAUGGUGAACAUGAAGGAUGUGCCAAGCACAGAGCGCAUGGUUUUGUGCAGCAAACGCUGGAAGAUGAUGACCCAGAAGGAGAAGGACAUGUUUCAGAAGCGCUGCGAGCAGAGGAAGAAGCAGUAUGACGUGGACCUGCAGCGGUUUCUGGAGAGCCUUCCUGAAGAGGAACGAGACCGAGUUGUAAGCGAAGAGAAGCUGGGCGGAGCUCGGGUUCCGGUUGGCACCGUCUCCAGUCCGCACAGGGCCAAGUCACCACCCGUCAAGGAGGAGGAGCCUGAGCUUUGGGCCCCCCAGGGUGCCAGGGAGCGGCGAGACUCCAAGAAGAGCGGCAAGCUUCCCGAGACCCCCAAGACGGCCGAGGAAAUGUGGCAGCACAGCGUCGCCGGGGACUUUCUGAGCAAAUGCAGAAGCGACCGCAGGCGAGCGCAAACGGCCAUGGAGGACGCGUGGAAGUCCAUGGAGAAGAAGGAGAAGAUCCCCUGGAUAAAGAAGGCAGCCGAGGACCAGAAGAGAUACGAGAGGGAGCUGUUGGACAGGAGGCCGAGUCAAAAGAAGCCCAAGUUUGACGGAGAACCAAAGAAACCUCCGGUGAGCGGCUAUCAAAUGUUCUCUCAGGAGCUCCUGACCAACGGGGAGCUGAACCACUUCAGCCUGAAGGAGCGAAUGGUGGAGAUUGGCAAACGCUGGCACACGCUGACUGCGAACCAGAAAGACGCCUACAAGAAACACGUGGACGCCACACAGGCGCGAUACCGUGCGCUGCUGGAGGCGUGGCUUAAGUCUUUGUCUCCGCAGGAUCGCGCCGCCUAUAAGGAAUUCUCCUCCUCGAAGCGUCGCAAUACGUCAAAAGCUAGCAGUAGCCCACCCCCAAAAGUGCUGGUAACGGCCAAGGGCAAAGCGACGGCCUCCAAGAUGGCACCCCCUGCCGUGGCCAAGCGGGCGAUGGCAUACCGAGCCAAGCAGGAUGUGGUGUCCGACUCGGAAGACGAUAAGAGCGACUCGUCGGAUGACGACGAUGACGAGGAUGAGGAUGAGGAAGAUGAGACAUCUGGAAGCAGUGACAGCGAAGACGAGCAAGACGAGGACGAAGAUCAGACAUCUUCUGACCAAUCCAGUGACUCAGACUAGCUCCGGCUCCUCGUUGGCAUGGGGCUGUUUUGAUCAGACAGGUGGGUGGGGUUUGUACAGGAAUGGGAAGGUGUGUGCCUGAAAAAUGGGAUUAAGAAAUAAAAGCACUUUUUUCCUUUGA